CUCUUCACGCUUUCCAUGUGGGUUAUGCUGCAGACGCUGAAUGAUGAUAUGCCAAAGUACCGUGACCAGAUUGUUAGUCCAGGACUUAUGGUUUUUCCAAAACCAGCAACCGCAUUGGACUAUACAUUGAGUGUGUCUGACCCACGUUCUUAUGAAGGAUACGUGAAUGACCUGAGAAGGUUUCUGAAGGCUUAUUCUCUAGAAGAACAGCAGAAUCUCACAGCGUGUCCAGACGGAGCACUUUUUGAACAGAAGGGUCCAGUUUAUGACGCAUGUCGGUUUCCUGUUUUGUUACUUGAAGCAUGCAGUGGUCUGAGUGAUCCUGAGUUUGGCUAUUCCCAAGGAAAACCGUGCAUCCUGGUGAAAAUGAACAGAAUCAUCGGAUUAAAGCCUCAAGGACAACCAAAGAUAAGAUGUGUUUCCAAGGAUGAAAACAUUGCCACCUUAUCAACGUACCCCAAGGACGGGAUUAUAGACUUGAAGUAUUUUCCAUAUUAUGGAAAGAAACUGCAUCGGGGUUAUCUACAGCCCUUAGUUGCUGUCCAGGUCAUUUUUGGGUCCAACGGGAUUGAAAAAGAAGUCAUCAUCGAGUGCAAAAUUGAAGGAUCACCUAACCUGAAAAACCAUGAUAAUCGUGACAAGUUUUUGGGACAAAUUGCAUUCAAAGUCAUACUAAAUGAAUAA